AUGUCGCCAAAUGUCUGGCUGAAAUCACCAAUGGCGACGAACUGGCGUAUCUGGACGAUGACUUUCACGAGCAUUGGUAUGACCCAUAGUCGUGCUCCCGAGCUCACCACAGACCACGCCACCCCCUCUCACGUCAAAGAAAGGCCCAGGGCGCGUGAACGAGAGACGGCCAUCGGGAACAACCCUGCCUGGUGCCAAACCUUCGCUCUUGAUCGACACACGUCCGAGGCCGGGAAUGGAAAGGGCACUCAGUAA